AUGGGUGCUGUGGACAGUGGAGCGGAGUGUGGUGUGGGCUGUGGAGGAGACUUGGUGAGGUCUUCGGCAUCUUCGGCGCUAGAAAAUGGAGGCGACACACAGCGUGGCACGGGCGGCGGAUGCCAACAGCAAAACUCAACACCAGCGCGGUGGCACUGGUCUCGCACCGCCGGCGCAGCUGCACCAAGCGAAUUUGACGCAUCCCGGGAAUGGCCGCGCGCGCAGGGAUCCGCUGGCCUGCAAUCACACGCAUAUGCAGCGCGGGUAGGUGCAGGCGACACACAGCCAACCACUCUGCCCUCGUUGUCCAAGCCGCAGCCUCGAUCCCGCCGCCGUCGCUCGCCAGCUGCAGGAACCAUGUCCGCCGCCGAAGCCUCUGCGACGUGGGGCCCCCCAGCCCCAGCCGACCAUGGGGUGCAGCCGAUCGCUGAGAGCCAGAAGGCCCAAGCCGCACUUCGAGAACCCCCAGCACCAUCACCACCGCAAUCGCUUCACUCGCCGCCACUCGUCGCGCAGAGGGCCAGGUCGCAGAUUGUCCGUCUCCGCGCCAUUUCCCAGGAGCCCCCGCAACCAUUCGUCAACCGCCAUCCGCCACGACUUGUCCCAAGGCUUGCCCUGAAGGCUUGCCAACGGUCUGCUUCCCGAGUGCUCAUUCGGGGCAUUCCAGCAUGCCGUCCAAUGACAGCCGCCAUGCGCGAGCUGCUCCGGGUCUGCCGUUGCCAGCCUGACGUCUCGUUGCAGAGGCCGAAUCCGCGGCUUGGCCAUUGGACGCCACCGCCUGGAUCUAAAGUGGCCCCGAUGUCAGGCCAUCCGGGAGUCGUUCCCCAGAUUGCUCGAAUCCUCAUCCGCCCCGAAUGCGCGCUAGCACGACGGCAUCAUAUGGCCGGAUGGCGACAAUCGCUGCCUGGGAAUCGAGGCGCCGCUGGCUGA